AUGAAGUUACACGCCCAUCUCAGUGGUAGCAUAACACGGCAAUGCCUCCACGAAAUCUGGCUUCACAAGAAAGCGCAGAAUCCAAACUUCGCAAUCGAGGAUCCAGGUGUGCUCAUGCCACCCGGAAAAGUAAAUUAUGGACUUGAUAUAUUUUUCGAUGUAUUCUCAAAAUCGAUAUACAAUCUCGUCAAUGACGCUGAAACUAUCUUAUAUGCGACAAAAUCCGUGCUGGAAGAUUUCCGACAUGAUGGAGUCCGAUAUCUGGAAUUACGGACUACGCCUAGAGAAAUCCAUGAUGAGGAUGGUCGAGUGCUCAUCUCAAAAGAGGAGUAUGUCGAUAUUGUCCUAAGGGGUAUCAAAGAAUUCAAGCAAGAGCAGCAGAACGAUAACGAAACGGAUACGGACAUGUCCGUCUACCUAAUCCUAUCCAUCGACAGAGACCGCGAUACACCAUCCUCAGCUGUAGAAGUCGUCAACAUCGCUAUUCGCCAUCGCACCUCCUCACCCAACAACCCAGUCAUAGUAGGCAUCGACCUCUGCGGCAACCCGUUAAAGGGGGAUGUCUCAACAUUCCGCCGCGCCUUUGACCACGCAAAAACUCAUAAACUAGGCAUAACUAUCCACUUCGCCGAAACAAUCUACUCAAAUGAAAACAACGCCGAGGAACUUGAGACUCUCCUCUCCUUCGAGCCGGAUCGAUUGGGCCAUGUAAUCCACGUACCCGACAGCAUCAAGGAAAAGAUUGCCGCGAAAAGGAUUGCAUUGGAGUUGUGUAUGUCCUGUAAUGUGCAUGCGAAGAUGAUUGUUGGUGGUGGUGGGUUUGAGGAUCAUCAUUUUGGGGAGUGGUGGAUGAAGUCGGAGUGCGCUGUUUCAUUAUGUACCGACGAUGUGGGAUUCUUCUGUAGUCCCGUCUCGCAGGAAUACUUCCUUGCUUCGAAACAUUUUGGGUUGGGACAUGAGGAUUUGGUUGCACUCUGUGAAAGGGGGGUUGGUAGUAUUUUCAGCGGUGAGGAGGAAAAGACUCGCUUAAGGAGAUUGUUGGUUAAUUUCUCAAAGUUGAAUGUUUGA